AUGUCGGAAGAUGACAAUAUAGAAAUCGCUAAUAGAGAUGCUCAAAGAAAAUUUCGUUUUUUGUCAAUUCGAUGGUAUUUAUUAUUGUUAUGUUUAAUUGUAUUAUGUCAAUCAAUGAUAACAUCUGGUUAUAUCGGUUCGAUAGUAUCAUCCAUUGAAACGUAUUAUGGAUUUUCAAGUGAACGUUUAGGAAUAGCAUUUAGUAGUUAUGAUAUAACUGGCGUUUUAUCGAUUCCAUUAAUAUCAUAUUUUGGUUCGCAAUAUAAUCGUGCAAAAAUUGUUGCUUUAGGAUCUUUUGUUUUUUCAAUUGGAAAUAUUCUUUUUAUUUUACCUUAUUCUAUAAAUGGCUAUCAUAAACCAAUAAUUGAUAAUGCAACAAAUGAAACAUUAAAUUCUUUAUGUUCACCUAAUUCAACAAAUUAUUCUGAAAAUAUUUUUUUAUCUUCUAAUAAUAAUUUAAUUGAAGUUCAACCGUUAUGGACGUAUUAUAUGAUUAUUUUAUCAAUGAUUAUUAUGUCAAUUGGUGCAAGUCCAUUUUAUACAUUAGGAAUAACAUAUUUAACUGAUCAUCUUAAUAAAGAUGAUCAACCUAUUUAUACAAGUAUAUUCUAUGGAAUGAUAGCAUUAGGACCUGCUAUUGGCUUUCUAAUGGGUUCUUUAUUUUUAUCUGAAUGGAUAAAUAUUGGUCAAAAUCAAAAUCUUGAUGGAAUAACUAAAACUGAUCCUCAAUGGAUUGGACGUUGGUGGGCUGGUUUUAUUUUAUCAUCAUUUUUAUUAAUAUUAUUAUCAUUGAUUCUUUUUACAUUUCCAUCUAAACUUGAACAAAACAACAAUAAUAAUGAACUAAUACAAUCAAAUCAAUCUUCGCCAACUCAACCUUUAUGUCAGUUAUCAACAAUUAAAGAAAUAUUUAAAUCUAUCUAUGAUCUUAUAAUGAAUUUAACAUAUAUUUUAAUUGUUUUAAUUAAUUCAAUAGAAAAUAUUUUAAUUGUAUCGUUUACAACUUUUAUGGUUAAGUAUAUUGAAUCAGUAUUUAAUAUUUCAUCAUCAUUAUCAAGUAUAUUAACUGGUUCAAUUAUUAUUCCAGCAGCUGUAUUUGGAACAAUAACAGGAGGAUAUUUGAUUCGUCGUUUUCAUAUGAAUAUCUAUCAAUCAAUCAAAUUAAUAUUAAUAUGUUGUUUUAUAUCUUUAAUAUUUCUUAUCUCACUUAUUUUUCUUAAAUGUAAAUCAAAUAUAAAAUAUUCCAAUGAUACAGAAUGUUCUCAAUUGUGUAAUUGUUCUCCAUAUAUUUAUCAACCAGUUUGUUCUCAAGAAACGAUAACAUAUCUUUCUCCAUGUUAUGCAGGCUGUACAACUGUGAAUGGAAAAGAAUAUUCAAAUUGUACAUGUUUAUCAUUAGAAGAUAAAGUGUUUGAAGGUUCAUGUGAAAAUUCUUGUUUAUUUCAAUUAAUAUUAUUUUUUAUAAUAUUAUUUCUUGUAACAUAUUUUGAAACAUUAAUGGCAACACCACAUUUAAUAAUUAUAUUACGUUCAGUUCGACAUGAACUUCAAUCAUUUAGUUUAGGCUUUGAAAAUUGUAUUGUAAAACUUCUUGCACAAAUUCCAACACCUAUUUUAUUUGGAAUAAUUCUUGAUAAUCAAUGUUUAUUUUGGUCUCAAUCAACAUUUCAUCAUCGAGCUUCAUGUUUUAUCUAUAAUGGUGAUGAACUUCCAAUGAGAUUAUUUGCAACCACUAUCAUUAUUAAAUUAAUUUCAUUUAUUCUUAUUCUCAUUUUAUUUUUAAUUAAAUUCAGAGAAAAUAAAUUUCUAUUAAUUGAACAACAAGACCAGGAAGAAGAACAACAAGAUCUUGUAAAUAAUUCUCAUUCCUAA